CCGCCCAUUCCCCCUUCACUGGUUAAGAUGGCGGCCGCUGAGUGAAGAGGAGCCAGGGAUGGAGGCGCUCCUCGUCGUCCUGGGGCGGCUCUUGGGGUUUGGCGCCCGCCCAGACGCGGCCACAUAGAGCUCCUUGUGCCUCUUUCCCUCGCCUUCCCUCUCCUCCCGGGCCAGCACUGGUCUCUCUCCCCAGACCCUCUUUCUGGUGGGAGCCCGCUUUGUUUUGGCUGAACCUGGCUGCCUUCCACUCUGCCCCCGUUCCUUCUCCCCACAAAGGCAGCAUCCCGAGUGUUAUCCCUAAGUCCCUCAAGUCCUCCAUUCUGCAGUCUCCCUGCAGGCCUUGUUUGGGCAGUUGCCACCUCCCUCGGUCCCCCUGGCUCCCUGUCCCAGAUCGUGGGCCCCAGUUUCCCCUCCGCAGAGCCCCACGCCCUCCUGGCCACCGCCGCCGCCGCCGCCAUGCCUUGGCCCUUCUCGGAGUCCAUCAAGAAAAGGGCCUGCAGGUACCUGCUGCAGAGGUACUUGGGCCACUUCCUUCAAGAGAAGCUCAGCUUGGAGCAGCUCACCUUAGAUCUUUACCAAGGGACUGGCUCCCUGGCACAGGUGCCCCUCGAUAAAUGGAGUCUUAAUGAGAUUCUGGAGUCAGCAGAUGCUCCUUUGGAAGUCACUGAGGGAUUUAUUCAGUCAAUUUCUCUGUCCAUUCCCUGGGGCUCUCUGCUUCAAGAUAAUUGUGCACUUGAAGUAAAAGGCUUAGAGAUGAUCUUCAGACCAAGGCCCCGACUAGCUUCUGGUUCAGAGCCUAUGUAUUGGUCAAGCUUCAUGACAAGUAGUAUGCAGCUUGCAAAAGAAUGCCUUAGCCAAAAAUUGACAGAUGAACAAGGAGAAGGGUCCCAGCCUUUUGAAGGACUUGAGAAGUUUGCUGAAACGAUUGAAACAGUUUUAAGAAGAGUGAAAGUCAACUUUUUAGACACUGUUCUGAGAAUCGAGCAUGUGCCAGAUAAUUCUAAAAGUGGAACAGCACUUGAAAUUCACAUCGACAAAACAAUGUACUGUGAUGAAACUGCUGAUGAAUGCUCUGGAAUUAAUGUGCAUCAGCCCACCGCAUUUGCUCACAAAUUACUACAGCUCUCAGGUGUCUCAUUCUUCUGGGAUGAAUUUCCAGCAUCGACAAAAUCCUCUCCAGUGUGUUCAGCUACACAAUUGGUAACAGAACCAAAACUUUCACCUAGCUGGAAUCCUAAAAUUGUCUAUGAACCACAUCCACAGUUAGCAAGAAAUGUGCCCGAGGUUUCUCCUUCCGACCCUGUACAGAUAUGUAGAUUGAUUGGAAAGAUGGAACUCAGCCUUACAUUAAAGCAAAAUGAAGUGCUGCCAGGAGCAAAGUUGGAUGUCGAUGGUCACAUAGAUUCUAUUCACCUAUUCCUGUCACCCAGGCAGGUACAUCUUCUGUUGGAUAUGUUAGCAGCUAUUGCUGGACCAGAGAAUCCUAGCAGAAUUGAAUUGUCUAAUAAAGACAGGAAAAAUCGGCCGAUGCAACAGGAAGAUGAAUAUCGGAUUCAGAUGGAGCUCAAUCGGUACUUAAGAAAAGAAAUUUCUCCAGGAGGCAUGCAGUGUGAUCGAAGCUUUUGUGAGACAGAAACAGCCAGAACUCCUUCAGGUCGUGAAGAAGAAGUGUUCUUCUCAAUGGCUGACAUGGAGAUGUCUCACAGUCUUUCCUCUUUGCCACCCCUUGGAGACCCACCAACUAUGGAUUUAGAACUUUCUGUAAAUAGUAUAUAUGCCACUACUCCAGCAGAAUCUCCACUUGGUGCUGCAGUGCAGCAACCAAUGUGGGGAGAGUUUCUUGACCAAAACAAGCAGGAGCCACCACAACUAAGAGGUUUACCAUUUACCCCCAGUGUUGUCCAUCCAACUCCACUACGAAGGACGUCUCUUCCAUCCAGAUCUGUUUCAGUGGAUGAAUCAAGGCCUGAACUUCUUUUUAGGCUAGCAGUGCGGGCUUUCUCAGUGUCAGUCCUUCAUAUUGAUCCUCUACCACCACCUGAAACAUCACUGAAUAUUAGUCCGCUGACACCCAUGGCACAGGAUUUUUUUACUAGAAUAGAAAAGGUAGAUCCAGCUCAGUUUCCGACAGAAGACUUCCUGGCCCUCCGAGAAGUAUUUGCAAAGGCUUGUUCACAUGACCAUCUUAGAUUUAUAGGUACGGGGAUCAAAGUGACAUAUGAACAAAGACAAAAAUCAGCCUCCCGUUGUUUGAGUACAGAUUUAUCUAUUGGACAAAUGGAACUUCUGGAAUGUCUUUUUUCUACAGACUCUCAUUCUGAAAUACCUCAUUAUACAGAGCUGCUAAAGUUUAACUCUGAUAAAGAAGGAAAUGCGUUGCAUCCUCUCUCGUGUCUUCAGCUCCAUUACAAGCACUUGCAUAACAAAGGACCUCAGGGUAGCCAAGGGAGACUGAGCUCAGUUCCACAAAAAGCAGACUUACAAAUCAAGCUGAGCCCAGCAUUCUGUGAAGUGGAUAUCAGCAUUGUAGACAGACUAAAUUCAUUGCUUCAACCACAGAAGUUAACCACAGUAGAGAUGAUGGCAUCACAUAUGUACGCCUCAUGCAACAAACACAUUAGCUUGCACAAGGCAUUUGCUGAAGUUUUUCUGGAUGAUUCUCGUACUCCUGCAAACUGCAGAGUUUCAGUUCAAGUGACGGCUCCAGCUUUGAAACUUUCAGUUCGCUUUCCAAUACCUGACCUACGAUCAGACCCAGAACGAGGACCUUGGUUUAAGAAAUCCCUUCAGAAGGAAAUUCUUCAUUUGGAAUUCACAGAUAUAGAACUUAAAACUGAGUUUACUGGAGGACCAACUCCAGAGCAAGUUAAAUUAGAGCUCACUUUUAAGGAGCUAUCUGGAUCAUUUGAAGAAGGCAAAGAUGAAUUGGCUUUACAAUUUUUUCAGGUUUCCAGUGGUGUAGAUGGAGAAAUGAUUUCAUCAGAUAACUUUGACUGGCCACGGAUUGUGCUAAAAAUAAACCCACUUGCUAUACAUUCCAUUCUGGAAAGGAUGGCACCUGAGGAUGAAGAGGAAGUUGAUGGUCAUUUUCAAGAAGAAGAGGAAGGGGCGUCUCAUUCUCUAAAGGAUGUGUGUGAUUUUAGAAGACCAGAGCCAUCUCCCUUUUCCUCUCGUAGGGUCAUGUUUGAGAAUGAAGAGAUGGUGAUGCCAGGAGAUGCUGUGGAGAUGACAGAGUUUCAGGAUAAAGCAAUCAGUAACUCUCAUUAUGUGCUGGAACUUACAUUACCAAAUGUACAUUUAACAUUACCAAACAAAAGGUUUUAUGAGAAGCUUUACAAUAGGAUCAGUAAUGAUCUGUUACUGUGGGAACCCACAGCUCCAUCUCCUGUAGAAACAUUUGAAAAUAUUUCUUAUGGUGUUGGACUUUCAGUAGCAAGCCAACUGAUAAAUACAUUUAGUAAAGAUAGUUUUAGCCAAUUCAAAUCUACCAUUCACUAUGAUGAUGAGAGUGGAUCUGAGGAGGAAACACUGCAGUAUUAUUCUACUCUUGAUCCAAACUACAGUUCACGGAGAAAGAAAAAAGUUGAAUCCCAAAAUAGGAACACACAGAACUUUCUCUCAGUUCUUUUUAAUGUUAAUCAUGGAUUGAUAUCAAUGUUCACAGAUAUCAAGCAGGAUGAUGGGAGUGUGUUUGAAGACAAACAUGGAGAAUUUUGGUUUGAAUUCAAUAGUGGUACUUUGUUCUGUGUGACAAAGUAUGAAGGCUUUGAAGACAAGCAUUAUAUCUGUCUCCAUUCUAGUAGUCUUAGUUUAUAUCAUCAAGGUUUAGUUGAAGGAAUUGUGCCUCCAUCUGAAAUAAGGCUGCCCAGUACAACACAUCCUCAUUGGUUAGAACCUACUAUUUAUUUUUCGGAGGAAGAAAGUCUUAGCAGAGCUCCUUCAGAUGGUGUGGGAGUAGAUUGCUUAAGCAUGUUGUCUGUUGCAGUUAAAAUACAGUCAAAUAAAACAGAGACAAAUACAAAGGAGUUUUUAGUUGCUGUUGGGCUAAGAGGAGCCACUCUGCAGCACAGAGUACUUCCUUCAGGUUUAAGCUGGCACGAGCAGAUUUUGUAUUUUUUGAACAUUUCUGAUGAGCCUGUCUUGGGAUAUAAUCCUCCAGCCUCUGUUACAACAUUUCACAUCCAUCUCUGGAGUUGUGCUCUGAAUUAUAGGCCUUUGUUUUUGCCAACUAGAUCACUUCUUACAGUUGAAACAUUUAGCAUCUCAAGUAGUGUGGCGCUGGAUAAGUCAUCUUCUACUCUCAGAAUAAUCUUGGAUGAGGCUGCUUUGCAUUUGUCUGACAAAUGUAAUGCUGUUACAGUGAACCUCCAAAGAGAUUAUGUUCGAGUUAUGGACAUGGGACUUCUUGAACUUACCAUAAAGGCAGUGAAACCUGGAUCUGAUGGGGAAAGAAGCAAGCCACGUUUUGAACUACAUUGUUCCAGCGAUGUAAUCCACAUUCGAACGUGUUCAGAUUCUUGUGCUGCAUUAAUGAAUCUUAUCCAGUAUAUUGCCAGUUAUGGUGAUUUGAAUCCACCUGCUAAGGUUGAGACUGCUCCUGGAGUCACCAAACAAAAUGCAAAGGCAGAUGUUUCCAGUCGACCAUCUUCCCAAGGGCCAGUUCUUGCAGAAGCUGACCAACAGAUUUUACAGGAUUUGAUGAGUGAUGCUAUGGAAGAAAUUGAAAUCCAACAGCUUACCUCCCCCACUAAACCGCAAGCUAAUGGAAUUUUGGAUGAAAAGGCUCAAACACCAGCACCAUCUUGCUCAGAUCUUUUCCUUUUUCCUGAUGAAAGUGGGAAUAUCUCCCAAGAUUCAAGCCCCACGUAUACAUCAUUCACUCCAAAUAUGAUUAGUGAAGCUAUAGGAGACAUACCUUCUGAAAAUGAUGACUUCUGCAUUCUUUUUGCACCCAAACCUGUUGUCUCGGAUAAGGAAGAAGAGCCUGUAGUGAAAAAAUUGGUGGCUGAUGCAAUCCUGGUAAAAGACAACCAUUUCAGCCUGCCAGUAAGAAGAGCAGACACAAGCAAAGGGCUGUUGCGUUUUCCUGUGCCAGUGAUACGCUAUGUUGUGAAAGAAAUAUCACUCAUUUGGCAUCUUUAUGGUGGAAAAGAUUUUGGGACUGUACCACCUACUUCUCCAGCUAAAAGCUACAUUAGUCCUCAAAGUUCGCCAUCUCACACACCAACAAGGCAUGGACGUAGCACAGCCUAUGCAGGAAGAGGAAGGAACCCAGAUUUCUUGAUGGAAAUACAGUUAAGCAAGGUGAAAUUCCAGCAUGAGGUAUAUCCAUCAGGUGAAACAGAGGGAGAGACGAGCAUCUUGGAACAACCAGUGUCCCGUCAAGUGUUUGUGGUUCAAGAUCUUGAAAUCAGAGAUCGUUUGGCUACAUCACAGAUGAACAAAUUUCUUUAUCUCUAUUGUAGUAAGGAGAUGCCUAGAAAAGCUCAUUCCAAUAUGCUGACAGUCAAAGCAUUGCAUGUUCGUCCAGAGUCAGGCAAGUCACCACAAGAAUGUUGUUUACGAGUGUCAUUAAUGCCACUGCGCCUCAAUAUUGACCAGGAUGCCCUGUUUUUCCUGAAGGAUUUUUUCACUAGCCUAUCUACAGAAGUAGAAGUCCUAAUGACCCCAGACCCUGAGGUUAAAAAGCCUCCUGGUGCUGAAGUAACCUGCACCUUACCCAGGCACCACAUCGGUUUCAAGGAGCCGAGUCCAGUCAUUUCUUUCUCACCAUACAAGGAGUCCAAUCAGAAUGGAAGCGUUGAUUCUGUGGAUGUGCUUAAUGGGGAUGACCAUAAUUUUGCACAUGAAGAGGAGUCAUUCAGUGAUCAGCCAAUCUUUUUCAGAGAAUUUCGAUUCACAUCAGAAGUCCCAGUACGUCUUGAUUAUCAUGGCAAACAUGUUUCUAUGGAUCAGGGUACAUUAGCUGGAAUUUUGAUUGGCCUUGCUCAAUUAAAUUGCUCUGAACUGAAACUGAAAAAACUUUGCUACCGGCAUGGGUUACUAGGUGUGGAUAAGCUGUUUUCUUAUGCCAUCUCAGAAUGGCUUAAUGAUAUCAAGAAAAACCAGCUACCAGGUAUUCUAGGAGGAGUUGGGCCAAUGCAUUCACUGGUUCAGUUAGUUCAGGGUCUAAAGGACUUGGUGUGGUUACCAAUAGAACAGUACCGAAAAGAUGGCCGUAUUGUAAGAGGCUUUCAGAGAGGAGCAGCUUCUUUUGGUACUUCUACUGCAAUGGCAGCAUUAGAGCUGACAAACAGAAUGGUACAGACCAUACAGGCAGCAGCAGAAACAGCUUAUGACAUGGUUUCUCCUGGACCUAGUUUAAUUGAGACAAAAAAAAUCAAGCGACUUUCUCGCUACCGCCUAGCGCAUCAGCCUGUAGAUCUUCGUGAAGGUGUGGCCAAAGCGUACAGCGUUGUAAAAGAGGGGAUUACAGACACGGCACAUACCAUCUAUGAAACUGCUGCUCGUGAACAUGAGAACAGAGGAGUAACUGGAGCUGUAGGAGGAGUUCUCCGCCAGAUUCCACCAACAGUGGUGAAACCUCUCAUAGUUGCCACAGAGGCAACAUCGAACGUUUUAGGCGGCAUGAGAAACCAAAUUAGGCCUGAUGUGCGCCAGGAAGAGUCUCAGAAAUGGCGCCUUGGAGAGGACUGAUAGUUGAAAUUUGCUUGAGGCAUAGAUUUUGGAAAUCUGGAAGCAAGCUUAUCCUUGUGGCAGCUUUAGAUGAGGUGUAUCCUUUUAUCAUGCUUACUUAUCUCAGGAACACAAGAGAUUGUAAAGCUAUUUGAUGUCAAACCUGAAAUAUUCAAGUAGAAAACAUGCUUGGUACUUGGUACUUGUUGGUGUAUUUCAUGUUACCGGUACCUGCGGUCAGUGCCAAAUGGAGUGGCAUCUUUUGUUGCCAAAUCCACAAUAUACUGAUUUUAGACUAGAUACCAUAUUUUCCUUGGAAUAUUGCUUUUGACAUCAGGGACUUUUGUUUUUCUUUUUGAAGAAACCCAAUUUCCCUAUUUGCAAGUCUGUGUUUGUAUUUAAAGGGAUUCCCUGAGCAUGGUUGAACACUUUUUAGUAAAAGACUGAAAUCGGUGUCCUCCUCUAACAAUAGACAUCUGACAUGAAGCACACAAGUGCUCCAUGAUAUUAAAAAGUAACUGGGAUCUCAGUUAUUUUUUCUGGCUAUUGAGUGUUUGCCCCUGUGGCAGUUAACAAUAAAGACAGUCUAUUAAUACCUGGUCAAAAAUUGUUUCCACACAGUUGUGAAUAUUUAAUUGUUUCACCUACAUGUUGAAUCCCUCCUUUUGUGGAGACUGGAGCAAUUUGAAUGUUGCAGACAUGUUCUGUUGUGUUGCACUUUAAAGAAUUUGUCCUGUAAAUUGCAUUUUAAAACAGUUAAUAAAAUGUAAUGUUUAUUUUCUCAUAGUCAGUUUUAAAACCUAUGCAAAUUAAAGGGAAAAGACUCUUCAGGAUCAUCAAUAACAACAAAAAUAAAUUGCAGAGAUUAUAGUUCAGGUUGCUGAAUAUCAAACAGGUAUCCAGAGAGUGACUGCAUGUAUAUAUGCAACUGAAAUUGCCCUGUUUAAGAGAAGGUUUAUUGUGAAAGAGACACCAGAAGUUGUCUAUAUUAUAAUUUUUUGAUUUAGUGUCUGCUAUGCAAGGUUUGCAUUGUAAGAGAACCAGCUUUCAAACUUGUUUAGACAUCGGAAGAGUGUUUUGCUGUGGCCGUUAUAUUCUGAUUUGAGUAAAAUACUAAUAUGUAUUCCUAAUUUUGUCCAAUCCCAACUUUCCUGUUGUGGUCCUCUACAAGGUUCUGAAAUAACAUGUAAGAGGCUUGGGAGAUAACUGCUGGAGAUUUUUGUUGUGAAGCAAAAAUGCUAGUGCCCUAACAUGGGAAACUACAAACAUGGGGCAUUACACUGAACAUCUUACAAUUUGCUCAAUACAAAAUUUCUGUAUUCAUGAUUUGUCACCAUCUUUAGAUGGGUGGUAGAGACAGGUACUAGUACAGAAAAGAACAAGAACCAAUAGUCUGUGUUUUCUGUGGGUUUUUCUGGCUAUGUGGCCAUGUUCUAGAAGAGUUUAUUCCUGAUGUUUUACCAGCAUCUGUGGCUGGCAUCUUCAAAAAUAAUCUCUGUAUUGAAAAAAAUAUUAAGCUAAAUAGUGAUGGAACAAUCAGCUGUGCACUUCUAAAUUUGUUCAGGACUGUCAUUUUCUUUUCAUCUUCUGUACUGCUUUAGGUGUGUAAGUUCUGUGGCCUGUCUUUGUACCUAUACAAUUCUCUCCUCCCCUCCAAGUUUGCAUCAACACUUUGGUGUUUGCUUAUCAUGAGUCAGCUCUGCUGACAAAUUGUUCUAGAUUUAAAAUACUGCCUUAUAUGUCUAUGUCUGAUACUUUGCAUUUGGAAGCACCCAAAAUUCAAGGAUGGAAGGUAGUCUAACAAUAUCUGAUAUGAAAUUGUCAUUCUCCAAAGCAGUGAUUACAGUCUCAAAGUUGCAAAAAUGAGUCAAACAUUUAAGUUUCUUUUUACUGAUAGGUGACCAUAAACACUUUUAUGUUUGUGCUGAGUGCUGUUUUGGCAGUAUUUACUGAUUCAGUAAAGUAGUAAUUGAAAUGGAUGACCAGCUCUGUCACAAUGUAGAGAUUGGGCCACAUGCUUGUGUGUUGUUGUUUUUUAAAAAACCAGAUUGCCACCAUGAUGGGAGAGCUUCCAUUAAUGAGUAUGUAUUAUUGUAUACUAAAUUCAAAGUAAUCAAUAUUUGUUUCAUAAACAGCAGACGUACCUGACUAUUUAUGUCUGCCUCUAAGAACACAUUGUGAAUAUUAGCAUUUCUGUUGUCAAUUUCUCUUCAGGGGUUCCUUUAUAUUUUUGACAUUUUGAAACUGAAAUUCAGGAAGCAACUGCUUUGGCCUGUUAUGUAGACUUACUGGCUUUUGUGCACUGGGGAAGGAAACAAAACAGUCACAUCAUAAAAUGCUAACUGUCUAGCUAUUAUGGGUUGCCCACAUUUCUUAAUGCUUUGGUAGAAAAGUGAAAGAAGAUAAAUUUAAAUGACAUUGACUGUAUCUACAUGUAUAGUACACUUUUUAUUAUACAACUUGAGCUGAAGUAAUCUGUGCUCUAUGCUUUGUUACUAGACUGUAUGACACACAGCAGCAAAUAUACCAGGAUCAUGGUUAAAAGUCAGUUUCUACCCUCUCCAUUUCAGAAGCUCUCCUUCAGGGCUCCUUCGUCUCUCUCUGUUUCUUACAAGCUGGGCUGAAUCUCCCAUGCUGAUCUAACAUCUGUCAACAGACAUUAUCAAUUUCUUGUGCUGAGCCAGUAUGAGGUUAACAUGAGGGUUAUGUAAGGCUCAGUGGAUGCUUACCAGGUGCUCACCACUGAUCUUAGUUUUCAUUUAGAUGUCCAUUAAGAAUCAAGAUGGUAUAGUGGUUUGAACAUUGGACUAUGACUCUGGCGGACCAGGGUUCAGAUCCCUGCUCAGCCUUGGAAACUCAUUGGGUGACCUUGGGCAAGUCACACUUUCUAAGCAUCAGAGGAAGGCAAACAUCUUCUGAAUAAAUCUUGCCGAGAAAACCCAAAGUGUGGGUCACCAUAAGUGUGAGUGAACUUUAUCACAUAAAUACAAGAAGUUGCUUCUCAGACAUGAAUCAACUAUGGGAACUUGCGCCGAGAAAAAAGAAUUGCAGGCAUGUUUUGUUUAUUUUAGAUCCCAAUGCAGUUGGGAUCUCAAGCAGCAAUGUCAAUUUUUUUCAGUUCCCUGUUUCAAUUCAGAUACCUGUAAAUGUAAUUCCAGCAGAAAGUUAUCUUUUCCAUCAACAGAAGUAGACUUGAAGAGCAUGAAUUUCACUGGAACGGAAUAACCUACUUACUAAUGCUAUACAUUUUGUAACUUUACAAGAGAUCAUUUGCCACAUGUAAGUGUAACAGUUACCAUUUUUCACAUAUUUGCUGUAGUCCAGGAAAUACAUGCCUAGAUUAGUCUGCAACCAUGUAAAAUACCUGUUGUCACUGUACUCAUCAAGAUCAGGGGGUUGGACUGGAUGUCUGUUGUGGUCUCUUCAAACUCUAUGAUUCUAAGACUAUUAAGGAAUGUGUCACAUCCUGUUUCUCCUAAUGGAAAGUUCCUCCCCCCCUGCUCCCCAUUGGAAUAUUUUUUUGGUGAUAGAUUUACCUUAAAGUCAAGGGACAGACAGCAAUACGUACUUUAAAGUAGAGUUGCACUAUCAGAGAAGCUGUGUCAUUUCCAUGAGUUAUGAUCCAAAGUCCCAUGGAUUUGUUGUGCUUUCCUAAGAGAAAAACAGGGAAGUCUAUGCAAGUGAACUUCUGUGGACACUUUACAACUGGUAGGCUUUAUCACAGUCCUGAGGCACAUUUCUGUAAGUGUUUAUAUUUUGUCCCACCUUUUAAAUAUUCUCAUUGUAUCUGUAGUAAUUUGCCAUUGCUUUAUGACUAUUAAAACAUAAGCUAUUUUCCUUGAAGUUCCACAUGUUACACCAGAAAUAACUGAAAUAAAGAAGUGGACUUGAUUUGAAAUGGAAUUACCUGAUCAUCCUGCAAAUGUGAUACUUCUUUUUCUAUGUGCACUGUACUUGUUAAAUAGCAAAACACAGUUUAGUUUAAAUGCAUAUUAAAUAAUAGCUCAUAGCAGCAGGGUAUUGCUAUCAGUAUCAAAAAUAUGCGGGUAUCUGCACUCUUGGCUCUUGGUUGUUAUAAUUUUGGUUUCAUCUGUAACCAGCUUUCUACAGCUUACACAUCUGACAGCAGUUUCAGCUUGCUCCAAAUACUGAAUCAUGUUUACAUUACAGAAUCAAGAUGGCUCAUUAAUAGUAAUCGUGCACUUGGACUGGAUUUCCAAGAAAGGAAAAACCAUAAAAGCUAAACAUAGCUUAACAAAGAGGAACUGUAUACAUGUAUAUUUUUUACCUAUGUGUCAAAGUUAGCUUUUUGUGGUAUUUUGUAUAUAGUUUGCUAGCACAAAACGAACUGUAUAAUAGUAUAAAAAUGUGAAGGCUCUUUGAAGGGAAAUCAUUGUACUUAAUUUUUCCUUAUUUUACUGAAAACACUCACUCUCUCCCAAAACCCAGUGAUGCUGACCAUAGACUAUUAGCACCGAUCAUGAUGUACAUUGAAUGUAAAAGGCCUUAUACAAAUAAGAUGUUCUGCUCAACUGGUGUCAUUACAGAAAUAAACAUUCUAAACUGCC